AAGACGGCAUAUAACUGAACGUUGAUACUACGAAAUAAUUUAAAAUGUAAUGAAUCAUCAUGACGUUAUCGUGGGAACUUAUUUAAUAAGGGUUUAUUUUGAAAAAUCAAAAUCGUUUAGAACGGAAAUCUGUUUUGUAUUGUGUUCAGCUUGACACGUGCUGCUGCUGUGUGCUGCACCCAUGACAGUUAAAGAGCUGCACCUGCACCGACCUUGGCUAGUUGAAGAUGGCAGGGAAGGCGUGGAGGUCAUCGAUUCUUAAUCUACUAAGACAGUGGGGUUUGUCGCUCAAUGGCAAGGAUAAAAUCAAGGCUCAGGAAGUGUCACGGGUGGUUGGAGCUUUGAAGAAAGAGGCUCCACAACCCAGGACGUUCAUGCGUGGGAUUCAAACUGUUACUUUAAUCCCUGGUGAUGGAAUUGGUCCAGAGAUCUCCACUGCUGUCAUGGAGAUAUUUGAUGCAGCUAAAGCACCUAUUCAGUGGGAGGAGAGAAAUGUUACAGCCAUCCAAGGACCUGGUGGCAAGUGGAUGAUCCCUCCGGAUGCCAAAGAAUCGAUGGACAGGAACAAAAUUGGCUUAAAAGGUCCUUUGAAGACACCAAUAGCAGCCGGCCAUCCCUCGAUGAACCUGCUGCUGAGGAAAACCUUUGACCUCUAUGCCAAUGUGCGCCCCUGUGUGUCCAUUGAGGGCUACAAGACCCCCUACACUGAUGUGGACCUGGUCACCAUCAGGGAGAACACUGAGGGAGAAUACAGUGGGAUUGAACAUUUGAUUGUUGAUGGAGUUGUACAGAGUAUUAAGCUCAUUACAGAGCAAGCCAGCCAACGCAUCGCAGAGUAUGCUUUUGAAUAUGCCAGAAAUAAUCAGAGGGCCAGUGUUACUGCUGUUCAUAAGGCCAAUAUUAUGCGCAUGUCUGAUGGGCUUUUCCUACGAAAAUGCAGAGAGGCUGCUGAAAAGCACAAAGAUGUGAAAUUCACUGAGAUGUACUUGGAUACUGUGUGCCUUAAUAUGGUACAGGAUCCCACUCAGUUUGAUGUAUUAGUGAUGCCAAAUUUGUAUGGAGACAUCUUAAGUGAUCUUUGUGCAGGACUAAUUGGAGGUCUUGGAGUGACUCCUAGUGGAAACAUUGGUGCCAAUGGUGUUGCCAUAUUUGAGUCUGUUCAUGGAACUGCCCCAGAUAUAGCAGGAAAAGACAUGGCCAACCCCACUGCCUUGCUGCUCAGUGCAGUCAUGAUGCUGCGGCACAUGGGCCUGCAUGGCCACGCCAAGAAGAUUGAAACUGCCUGCUUUGACAUCAUUCGAGACAAAAAGGUUCUAACAAAAGACCUGGGAGGAAACUCAAAGUGCUCAGAAUUCACAAAAGCAAUAUGUCAACGAGUGCGGGAUCUGGACUAAAAUGAUGCUAAUAAGACCACGAGUAAAUUUUGAGGGUAUCUUUACUUCAUCAUGUCACAUUGUAUCUGUACAUUUUAAACCAUAUGUAUUAAAAAAAAAAA